UAUGUCUAACGGCAACGCAACAGAAUCCCAUUUUCAAGAAAUGAAGCAAGCAAAAGAGCCUAGGGGUGAAGGUCAAACUAGGACAAACAGGGUAGACCGUAACCAGGGCAACCGUAACCAGGGCAACCACAGACAAUCUUUUUAUCGGUCAGACAAAGACAGCUAUUCUAGCGAUCGCAGGUCCGACAAAGACAGCUAUUCUAGCGAUCGCAGCAGAGAUAAAAGAAGCAACGAUCGUGAGCGAUUUAACCAGGCUCCUAAGUAUAGAGAACCAAGGUAUCAUUCUGGUACCAGAAAAAACCAUGCUUCAAAAGCAAAACAAACAAGGAAGGGGGAAUCAGAGGUUAUCCAACCAGAGAAUUUGCAAAAACUUAGUCUUGAGCCCCCUCAAAAUAAUGGGGAAACUGUUAUCAAAGAGAAAGCCGCAGUUUUACAAGAACCUACAUCUGGUAAUUUGCUUCUCUCCAAGGAAUCUCAAUCAAAUCACUCCCAGACUACUAAAUCAAAGCCAUUCCAUGGCCACUACCAUCAUAAGAACUCUAAUAAACCUAGGUUUUCUAAGAUAUUCUCUGAAAAUGGUAAAGAUUCCAAAACUGCUGGUGGGGAACUAGUUGGGAACAAGGAAUCUGAAGUUAAAACAGAACCUUCCGUACUGAUUACAGAUAGAAAGAUACCUGACUCUAAUGCUACUUCCAAUUCUGGAGAUGAUCCCAAUGACUUGCACCAUGUGAGAGAUGCGCCGCUAAUUGACCAGCUGAAAGUUAUUAGUCAGGAGCUUAACAAUCCCAAAUCUGAGGACGUAUUUGCUAAGUUGAAAAGUGGGGAGGGAGUGGAGCUGGAGAAUUUGAAACAACUGUACGACAAAAUACCAGACAUAACUAAAACUGAGAUUAUAAAGGAGACUGAGGAGUGGGCUACUAGUGCUCCUUCUACAGAAACUGUGUUACAGGAGUCGAGUAAGUCAAGUGAGAUAUCUAGUGAGGAGAUACGUUCAAUGCCCUGUUGUCAUGGCAACUGCUGUCCUCCUUACUACCCUCAUGGGUAUAUGCCACCCGCGCUGCCCCCGCACCCUGCCUACUACUACGCGGCACUGUGGAACUAUCAUCACCCAGUCCCCCCGCCUCCUGUACAGCGUAUAGCAAAUGCACCUUCCCUCCCGCCUCCUUGUGAUAACGCUGCACUGCACAAGAGAUACAUCACAAGAAGUGCUAAGACGCCUGGUAGUAUAGUAUUUACGUUACAUGUAUCUGACAACUUGAGGAUAGUUAGUGUGCGCUCUGAAGAUAGUUUUACCAUGACAGCAGACCUAUGUAAUGAGGAGGGAGAGAAGAUAGCGGAGAACUUUAUGCUGCACGCGGAAACCUCCCCCAAACUGUGGGAACAAUACGCCUUCUCAGGGAACCACACUCUACACUUUAACGUUACAGCACCCUGUACCACGGUGGUCGUUGUCACGUUUCUACACGAGAUACCCCUCAGAUAACGGGAAAUGUUAACAAACAACAGUGGUUACCAUAGAAACAACUAUUAGGGCGGACUAGUCAUAGCGAGGAAUUUAAAGGGCCGGGUUUGCCAAUAAGUUUAUUUAAUUAAAAAAACUUAAAUAUUUGUAGUUAAAAACCGUUCAAGCGUUAGUACAUUUUUAAUUUGUAAAUUUUAAGUUAUUUGUUUUUAUAUGAUACGUUUAAACAACUUUUUUCUUCUCCCAAGGGUUUUACUUACUUACUUGUACUCUCCGAUGUACCCUGUUUUACUUCCUAAAUAUCCUCUAAUUAUCACUACUGCUUACUAAGUUAGUAACUAAGAUAGAUGGUCAUGUUCAUACAAUAUGUCGUGUAAAAGUAUUGAAGUAAAUUGUUUUGUAGCUCUAA